CUAUGCUGUCACAAAUAGCCUUUUUGCUGGUCAUGUCCUUGACCUUGGUUCAUGGAGUGUUUUAUGCCGAGAGAUACCAAACGCCCACAGGCAUAAAGGGCCCGCUUCCCAACACCAGGACACAGUACUUCAUCCCAUAUGCCAUAAAGAGUAAAGGAAUCCCGGUAAGAGGAGAUCAAGGUGUUCCCGGUCCACCAGGCCCAGCUGGACCCCGAGGACACCCAGGUCCCUCAGGACCUCCAGGAAAGCCAGGUUAUGGAAGCCCCGGGCUCCAAGGAGAGCCAGGGUUGCCAGGACCACCAGGAAUAUCAGCCACUGGGAAGCCAGGCCUGCCAGGUGUGCCGGGCAAACCAGGGGAGAGAGGACCACUUGGACACAAGGGAGAUAUUGGACCUGCUGGCUUACCAGGCCCUCGGGGCCCUCCAGGACCACCUGGAAUCCCCGGCCCCGCUGGAAUUUCUGUGUCAGGAAAACCUGGACAGCAGGGACCUACAGGUGCCCCAGGACCCAGGGGCUUUCCUGGAGAAAAGGGGGCACGAGGAGCCCCUGGUGUGAAUGGACAGAAAGGGGAAACAGGAUAUGGUGCUCCUGGCCGUCCAGGUGAGAGGGGUCUUCCAGGCCCUCAGGGUCCCGUAGGACCUCCUGGCCCUCCUGGAAUUGGAAGAAGAGGUGAAAAUGGUAUUCCAGGACAGCCAGGCAUCAAAGGUGAUCGGGGUUUCCCUGGAGAAAGAGGACCAUCAGGUCCACCGGGUCCCCAAGGUCCUCCUGGGAAACAAGGACAGGAAGGUAUUGGGAAGCCAGGAGCUGCUGGAGCCCCUGGUCAGCCAGGUAUCCCAGGAGAAAAAGGUCACCCAGGAGCUCCAGGAAUAGCUGGACCUCCAGGAGCUCCAGGCUUUGGAAAGCCAGGCUUGCCAGGAUUGAGAGGACAAAGGGGACCUGUUGGUCUUCCUGGGGCCCCAGGAGCCAAAGGUGAACAAGGGCCAGCGGGUCAUCCUGGGGAGGUGGGUUUGACUGGAUCUCCUGGGAAUAUGGGACCCCAAGGACCUAAAGGAAUCCCAGGGAACCAUGGUAUCCCAGGUGCUAAAGGUGAGACAGGUCCAGUUGGGCCUGUAGGACCACCUGGGGCUAGAGGAGCAAAGGGUCCCCCUGGGGUAGAUGGAAAAACAGGGUACCCUGGGGAGCCAGGUCUGAAUGGUCCUAAGGGCAACCCAGGGUUACCGGGCCCAAAAGGCGAUCCUGGAGAGGGAGGACCCCCUGGUCUCCAAGGUCCUAUUGGCCCUGCAGGACCUAAGGGCGUGCCUGGACACAAUGGUGAGGCAGGUCCAAGAGGUGAACCUGGAAGACCAGGUGGCAGGGGCCCCAUUGGGCCACCAGGUAUCCCAGGAUUCCCUGGGGCUAAGGGUGCCCCUGGAAACCCAGGUCCUCCUGGCCCAGCUGGCAUAGCAACUAAGGGCCUCACUGGGCCCACUGGUCCUCCAGGUCCCCCUGGUCCAAAAGGACACAGUGGAGAGCCUGGUCUCCCAGGUCCCCCAGGUCCCCCAGGACCCCCUGGCCAAGGAGUCAUGCCUGAUGGCUUCAUAAAGGCAGGCCAAAGGCCUCUUGUCAGUGCUAACCAGGGAGUAACAGGAAUGCCUGUGUCUGCUUUUACUGUUGUCCUCUCCAAAGCUUACCCAGCAGUAGGUGCCCCCAUCCCAUUUGAUGAGAUUUUGUACAACAGGCAGCAGCAUUAUGACCCAAGAACUGGAAUCUUUACCUGUAAGAUCCCAGGAAUAUACUACUUCUCCUACCACGUGCACGUGAAGGGGACUCACGUUUGGGUAGGGCUGUAUAAGAACGGCACACCCACAAUGUACACAUACGACGAGUACAGCAAGGGCUACCUGGACCAGGCUUCAGGGAGCGCAAUCAUGGAGCUCACAGAAAACGACCAGGUGUGGCUCCAGCUGCCCAAUGCAGAGUCAAACGGCCUCUACUCCUCUGAAUAUGUCCACUCCUCCUUCUCAGGAUUCCUAGUGGCUCCCAUGUGAGCACGCAAUACCAAGCUCUUCUAAACGCUCUGCUUGGAAAGGCUUUCCCCCAACUUCAUCGCACCCACCCUGGAGAUGCAUGUGGAGGUCGGCUAAAAGUAAGGUGAGCACCUUGAAUCUUCUAAAAUGCACUCCGAGACCACAUUUCCUCUGUAACGUGAGCACCAAGGUGACUACGUGCGGCCUCUCCUGAGCACCCAGCAGUUGUAAAGCCCUGGGGGGUUUCUGGGAAUUCCCUUAAUAUUUAAAAAUUUUACUGUAAGUUAAAAAAACUAUCACAAAAACAGAAAUAAGGUUCUAACUCACCAUACAUUUCAUUUCAGAAAUGCAGCAUUUCUUUUUUAAAAAGCCUGUUUUUAAUAAUUAACAUGAAAAUGUCUAAGAAACAUGCAGGAAGUAUCCCAUAAUGUUGUAUUAUUUAAAUACUUGAAUAUUCAAAUUUAAAAGACACUGUAUACCCUAGGAUAUUUCUGAUGGUGCAUCACUCUAUGGCUCAUGUAGCCCCUUUCAUCAAGAUAAAUUAAAAUGCACAUGUGCAUACACACUGGUUCAAGCUCUUAUGAGAAACCAAAAUACUGUAUUACAAUUACUUUGAAUUACAAGGUGCUUUGUCACAAACCUUUUCAAGCUUUCCUGCAACUGAAGAAAGUCCACAUACCUGGUGCAACUUGGAAGCAGGUGUCUGACCUAGUCUUAAGUUUGUCACACAGUGUGAACACUGAAUUAAUUCUGCUGCGUCUUUAUAAUAGGAUGUUAUGGGCUUACAGAACAUUAGCACAGACUGCUUUCCAUUCCAGUGAAAGUAAAGUUAACAUUAAAGAUUUCAAAAUCAGAUAGAAACGAAAAGACAUUAUUUAUUUAUGCUCUGUACUGUAUUUUUAUAUUACUGUUUAAAACUGUUAAGCUGUACCUCACUUAUUAAAGCAUGGAGUAUUUAAUCUACUUGUUAUUACAAAGCAAUAAAAUGACAUGAAUAGAUCUUGCUUUCUAUGCUUGAAUUUAUUUCCAAGCAACAG